AUGGGAAACGGUAUUGGAAAAUUAAAGUUUUGUUUUGCAGGAGAUGUUGGAGAAAUAUCCAAAAGACGCCAUGAUAUUGGCGUAGACUUAAUUGAUAGUCUUGAUAAAGGAUUAGGCCAUUCAUUUUGUUAUAUAUUGCAUGAUUCAUCAUCUAAGAAUCAACAUUUUCUAGAAGAUUCUUCUUCUUCCGCUACUACUACCAUCUCCAGUAACAGCAGCAGCACCAGCCAAACAACGGCGUUUCGUACUAUUUCCGGUGCUUCUAUCUCCGCCAACACCUCUACUACGCCGCUGUCCACCUCCCUCGUCGACGUUUCAAAUACUUACAUUGAGAAGUCGUCGGCUUUUGAGAGCUCUCAGUGGUUUUCUUCUUUUCCUCUUCAGCCAAUUCCCCGGAGAUCAAUCCACUCUAUAUGUUCGGGCCCGAUUCCCCGAAUUUCUAACUCAGGCUCGGGCCCGAUCGAGAGGGGAUUCCUUUCCGGCCCGAUGGAGCGGAGUUUUACUUCUGGCCCGUUGGAGAAUCAGUAUGAUCAGCAGCUACAGAGGUACAAACCUGAGUCUAGUAAAUGGGAUAUAGUUAGGAAUUUAAAGAAAGUUUUGUCAAUGAAUUUGGUUGAGAAGAAGAAUAAUGGAUCUUUGAACAGUUUGUAUGAAGAUGAUGAGAAUAAUGGAUCAUUUCGAAGUCGAAAUGUGCAAUGGGCUCAGGGAAAAGCAGGGGAAGACAGAGUACAUGUAGUGAUUUCUGAGGAAUAUGGAUGGGUAUUUGUUGGGAUUUAUGAUGGUUUUAAUGGACCUGAUGCUACUGAUUUUUUAUUGAAAAAUCUUUAUUCGAAUGUAUUCAAAGAACUCAAGGGAUUGCUAUGGAAUGACAAGUUAGAAUCCUCCGAAAAUCUCAUGUGCAACGAGACAGUUAUCGUUCAAAAUCAAGAAUUUGAUCAAUCAAAGAUAGCAGGUAUUGAUCAUUUAGAUGUGUUGAAUGCGUUAUCUGAGGCGUUGAGGAGAGCUGAGGCAUCAUAUUUGGAGAUAACGGACACGAUGGUGAAUGAAAACCCCGAGUUAGCCUUAAUGGGAUCAUGUGUUCUAGUGAUGUUGAUGAAAGGCAAUGAUGUUUAUUUGAUGAAUGUUGGAGAUAGCAGAGCAGUUUUGGCUCAAAAUCCUGAACCUGAUCGUUCCAUUGGUAACUUGGGACAGAUAAAUGAGGGAAGUCGAAAUAGCAUUGAUACACUCUACAGAGUUGUAUCAGACAGAAAACACAGUCUUAGUUCUUGUCAACUCACUAUGGACCAUAGCACAUCUGUUAAAGAGGAAGUUCUUAGGAUUAGAAGUGAGCAUCCUAGUGAUACGUCUGCUAUUAAAAAUGAUAGAGUGAAAGGUUCUUUGAACGUCACUCGAGCUUUUGGUGCAGGCUUUCUUAAACAGCCUAAAUGGAACAAUGGACUUCUAGGGGUCUUCAGAAUAGACUACGUUGGAAAUUCACCGUAUAUCAAUUGUAUACCAUCAUUAUACCACCAUAGACUUGGCCCAAGAGACAGAUUUCUGAUCUUAUCAUCUGAUGGACUUUAUCAAUACUUCACAAAUGAAGAAGCAGUCUCUGAAGUUGAGACUUUCAUGUCUAUAUUCCCCGAGGGAGAUCCCGCGCAACAUCUUGUUGAAGAAGUGUUAUUUAGAGCUGCAAAGAAAGCUGGCAUGGACUUCCACGAGUUGCUUGAUAUACCACAAGGAGAUCGUAGGAAGUACCACGAUGAUGUCUCAAUCAUCAUCAUAUCAUUCGAAGGUAGGAUAUGGAGAUCAUCCGUGUAAAUCAACCGUAUAAAGGAAGCCUUUUGUGUUGGGAUAUUGUAAGUGACAGACUGGCCUUACUACAAC